GACAAUUUGGGGGUUGUUUCGGCAAGAUGCGUUUCCUCAGCAUGGUGCGAAAGCUCGCUCGGCUUGGCCGAGACAAUUAUUGAUCCUCACGACAUCCUUUGAUAGAACUAUAUAGCAUUCCGAUCCUCUUCAUUCCCCACUUUCAUGACAUUUGCAUAGAUGCAGUCACCUCAUGCAGACGAUCUCGCACCUCUCCCUGUAUUCUCUCGGCGGAAAACCUCUAGGUUGCGCGGACCGCGCCCAUGCAGCUGGCUCCAAACGGGGAUAACAAUAACAGAAGAAAUUGAAGGGAGCUGGUCAUGGACAUGUCGACAGCCUGACCUGUCCAGAGCAUCAACAUUAUGCUCCCGCACCUCUGGCGGCUCUACUUCAUCCAAUCAGUCCAGUAUUAAUUCCGAGUCCUCGUCCGGCUCAUCGUCAUAUAUUGAUGAUACACAGAGUUCGCCAUGUGAUCACAUGUCGUCGCGCAGACAUAAACGUCGUUCUCAACGACGGAGGCCAUCAGGUCCACGCCCUCCCUCCUGUCCACAUUCUCCCAGUUCGCCCAGUUCGCCCAUGCGACCCACACUUACUGUCAAUACAUCACUGCCACCCCCCGUUCCCCUUGAGAAACCUGUCCUUUCGCUACCCCCGGCAGAGUUCCCACAUAUAGCACCAACUGAACCCACGACACCCGCACCUCAGUUACCUCCAGCGAUUGCGUUUUCACCCUCAGAACCGCUUGAUUGGGAUACAAUCUUUGAGGUAUUGGAUUUGGAAAGCAUCUCAUAGCUUGAGCCUGGAGGUACGAGUUCUUCACCGGUAUUGCAACGACAAGCAAAGAGACUGAUUACUUCGUUGG